GCGGGGCGGCUCAGUCCUCGCGGCGCCGCUUCGCAGUCGCCUGGAACCCCUGUUGCUGGGCGGCCCGUGCGCGCGUGCGCGGACAUGGCUUCAAACGAUUAUACCCAACAAGCAACUCAAAGCUAUGGGGCUUACCCUACCCAGCCUGGGCAGGGAUACUCCCAACAGAGCAAUCAACCCUAUGGCCAGCAGAGUUACAGUGGUUAUGGCCAGUCAGCUGACACUUCGGGAUAUGGCCAGAGCAGCUAUGGGUCUUCUUAUGGACAGACCCAAAACACAGGCUAUGGCACUCAGUCAGCUCCCCAGGGAUAUGGUUCCACUGGAGGCUAUGGCAGCAGCCAAAGUUCCCAGUCUUCUUAUGGGCAGCAGUCCUCCUACCCUGGCUAUGGCCAACAGCCAGCUCCUAGCAGCACCUCGGGAAGUUACGGUGGCAGUUCUCAGAGCAGCAGCUAUGGGCAGCCCCAGAGUGGAGGCUAUGGCCAACAGUCAGGCUAUGGUGGACAGCAACAAAGCUAUGGACAACAGCAAAGCUCCUAUAACCCACCUCAGGGUUAUGGACAACAGAACCAGUACAACAGCAGCAGUGGAGGUGGUGGAGGGGGUGGUGGAGGCAACUAUGGCCAAGAUCAGUCCUCCAUGAGUGGUGGCGGUGGCGGCGGUGGUUACGGCAAUCAGGACCAGAGUGGUGGCGGCGGUGGUGGCUACGGGGGAGGCCAGCAGGACCGUGGGGGCCGAGGCAGGGGCGGUGGAGGUGGUUACAACCGAAGCAGUGGUGGCUAUGAACCCAGAGGCCGUGGAGGUGGCCGAGGAGGCAGAGGCGGCAUGGGCGGAAGUGACCGAGGUGGCUUCAAUAAAUUUGGUGGCCCUCGGGAUCAAGGAUCACGUCAUGAUUCUGAACAGGAUAAUUCAGACAACAACACCAUCUUUGUGCAAGGCCUGGGUGAGAAUGUUACAAUUGAAUCGGUGGCUGAUUACUUCAAGCAGAUUGGAAUUAUUAAGACAAAUAAGAAAACUGGACAGCCUAUGAUUAAUUUGUAUACAGACAGGGAAACUGGCAAACUGAAGGGUGAGGCAACAGUCUCAUUUGAUGACCCACCUUCUGCUAAAGCAGCUAUCGACUGGUUUGAUGGUAAAGAAUUCUCUGGGAAUCCUAUUAAGGUUUCAUUUGCUACCCGCCGAGCUGACUUCAAUCGGGGUGGUGGAAAUGGACGUGGAGGCCGAGGGCGAGGAGGACCUAUGGGCCGUGGAGGCUAUGGAGGAGGUGGCAGUGGUGGCGGUGGCCGGGGAGGAUUCCCCAGUGGCGGUGGUGGAGGUGGCGGACAGCAACGAGCUGGGGACUGGAAGUGUCCUAAUCCUACAUGUGAGAACAUGAACUUCUCUUGGAGAAAUGAAUGCAACCAGUGUAAGGCCCCUAAGCCAGAUGGCCCAGGAGGAGGACCAGGAGGCUCUCACAUGGGGGGUAACUAUGGAGAUGACCGUCGUGGCAGAGGAGGCUAUGAUCGAGGCGGCUACCGGGGCCGAGGCGGGGACCGUGGGGGCUUCCGAGGGGGCCGGGGUGGUGGGGACAGAGGCGGUUUUGGCCCUGGCAAGAUGGACUCUAGGGGUGAGCACAGACAGGAUCGCAGGGAGAGGCCAUAUUAACCUGGCUUCUGAAGUUCUGGAACAGCUCUUCUUCCUGUACCCAGUGUUACCCUUGUUAUUUUGUAAACUUUCAAUUCAGGAUUGCCCAUGGAUUUUUUUUUUCUGUGUGUUUGUGUGUGUGUGUGUGUAUGUGUGUGUGUGUGUGUAUGUGUGUUGUGUGUGUCAGACUACCGUAAUUGUAACCAUAUCUCUGGUUCCCAUUAAAAAACAUCAUUUUAGUUAAA